ACCCUGUUCCUCAUCCUGAAGCCUCACUUUGGCCCUUGUCAGAACGAAUCAGCCACUGCUUCGACUUCAGAGCGAUCGGAGGACAAACGCAGUCCAGCUCACGCAAUGAGGCAGACCAACGACACGGGACCUCAUGACUCGAGUGAUUUCACUAGGGGGAGACUUAACAGUGGCGUCCUUGCUGGGAUCGCUCUCGGAUCUAUCGUAGGGAUGUUAUCCCUAUCUUCUAAAAGAGAACUGGUCAUAGACAAAGACUCACGCAUGACAUCUCGCCCAAAACCUCCUCCGAGAUCAAGCAGUCCAUUCGGGAACCGACCUAACACGUGGGGGAGAAGUCCAAAAAGCUAUAGUAUUUCGUCCCUGGAUGAGAACUCCGACGAGGAAACUCCAACAUGCUCAUCUAUCAGACCAACGAGGAGAGAUCAAUUAACCAACUAUGGGCUAUGCCAAGGAAGCACGGGAGUAGAUCUCUAUACAUACCAAGACAGCCAUCCUUUUCCUACCCCACUUGACAGCCGAAACGAUGUUAGAUAUAGUAGUCUUAAAUGUGAGAGGAGUCCAUCAGUUACGCUCAGAGCCAGCGAUAUGCGGAACAAUGCAUAUGACAGCCAUUUUCAAGGGUCGAGCCCACGGGUUGCACCUAGAACCAAUGACCGACUUUCUGAGCAGGAUCCAUCGUUCACCGCACCACCAGAUCCGCGGCAUUUGCCGACAAGGGACCAUCACCCAAGCAGACCUGGAUCCAUGCCUUGUUCCGUGCAGCGUGAGCCUUGUGAUCAUCGCUGGUGCGGUUUCUCCAAUAUACCCCAGCAACAUUAUCAGACCCAACCCAACAAUUCCGUAUCUGGUGACACUGACUCGCCGCUAUCUCGACCGCAACAUAAUAUUCGAUCUUCCUCUGACCUCACUCAGUGGUCUUACACAUUUGAUCAUGAUACUGCAAACUCUUCGCAAGCCGCAUAUAAACACCGGCUGUGUGCUGAUAGCAGUGUACCGCUGAGCCCAUCAUACAGGCCAGAACCGGGACAGCAGACCACUUCAGCAGACCGGAAGGAACCAAUUUCUCAUACAAUAGGAUCCGCGGACCAACGAACUACCAGCACUCUAAUCGCAGAUGGAGCACAACGAUUUGCUGACAGAUGUCCUGAAGCGGAAGACGUUGCCGGUACUAACAGCGACUGUGCUGAAUCUUCCGACAGGGCUCGGAGGCACUCCCUCCAUGAAUGCGAUACACCCCAGAGUCCAGGCUAUUUCGAAGAUAUGCCACGCUCCCGUUCUCGUGUUGGCUUGAGAAGAUCCAAAUCGAGGGGAUCCGACUCCCGCCGCUUAGAAGCCUCUUUCGUGUUCGAGGGCAAUCCAGCGUUUGAUGGUGGCCACCCCUCAAAUACCGAUUUAAUACCAUCUAGUACGCAUCUAUGGCAAGCCACACCACCGCCAAAUCCAUUCCCAAGUCCCCCUCAAUCACCAUCAUCACCGAACGGCAUUCCUUCUUCCGUUACGAGCAGAAGCCAUAGUAGAAUCUGUCCUCCCAUAUCCUCAUCACCACCCGCUCUCAGCACAUUUACUUCUGCGGAAAAUUCGCGAUUUGCUGCUGAUUUUACUGCGACGUUUGUUGGUAGGAGGGAGGGUAGGAGAGUUUCGUUGCGGAUUUCGGGAAGGGGAGGGAACGAGUGAGCAAUGAGGGGUUUGUGGACGGGAUGUGGAACGAAUGUACUGCGGAAAUGCUAGGCAAUUUGUUGCUGCUGCUCUGUCAGAAUUGAUGUUUAUGAAAAUGAGCCGCAUGUGUACUUCGAAUUUUGCGAAUUUAGUGUAGCAGUAUGAUAAUACUAGAUCG